AUGUGGUCAAGGCGGAAUGCAUUCUCCUUGACGGCUAUUGGUGAGGCCGCAUGUGCUUCUCUUGCCGACACACCGUUGGAUGACCGCCGCUCUUCCGCUGAGGUGGUGAACGAGUCGAAGAUUAACUUUAUCACGUCACUUGCGUAUGCUCUUAUUCCCGAGGUAAAAAAGGAAGAGGCGGAGGGGAUUUUAUCGUGGGCUUUGAGGAAUAGGGGAGAUGAUGGCGUAACGGAAAAGUGCGUGGCGGCGCUUAACCAGAUUGAGUACUUUUUUACGGGGACCGACAGUGGGCAUUUAUUCAUGUUUCCACUAUUUCCACCCUCUAUGCGUCCGUUUAUGAAAAGUUCCACGGGAGGAGAAACCGUCUCAGUGCAAUGGAACGCUGCUGGACUACGACGUAUUUUGCACCGACAUCGGCGGGAGGAAUCGGUGAUGUCGAUAAGCACACUGGGUACCUUGGUGGCUUCUGCAGGCUCGGAUGCCUAUGUGCAUUUGAGUAUUUUUCAUCCAGAGCCGCAACACAUUGCCUCUAUUGCACAUCCGGCAGCUGUGCACAGCAUGUUGAUGUGGGAAGGCGGUUUGUUUGUAGAGAGGGAGAAGGAUCCACAGCGGAGAUCGGUUGUGGCCGCGGCAGAAAGUCCUAUUUUAUACAUCUUUACUGGAGAUGAAGUUGGUUUGGUUCGUAUGUGGCGUGUAAAUGUUGAGAAACGGACGUACUUCCUUGCGACGGUGUUUGUUAUUUCUGCCCAUGCCGGGGGUAUUGGCUUUGCAUCGCCACUGCAUUAUCUUGCUUGCGAGGAUGGAGAUCGUGCGAGGGCCCCAACGAAACAGUCGAAGGCAAUUCAUUGCCUUGCCAUUGACGAUGAUCGGAGACUUUUGGGUGGGGUGGAAGGUGGAAUCGUUGUUUGGUCGCUUACAGAAUUGCCAUGGAAACAGCGGGAAGAGGACCACAUUUUGUGCUGGGACAUUGAACGACGGCAAAUGAACUCCAUUGUGAUGUCGACACUUGAGUUUAGGACGAGGCGAUUGGUAAACAUGGGCAUGUGGGUAAAAGGAACUGCACUCCUGCAACAAAGCAUGUGCAGCGGGGAGAAGGAAAGGGAUGGAACAAAUGGAAACAGAGCUGAUGUCAAGAUGAUGGAAAAAUCCAAGUGGAAACCCAAGUACGGCACGCAUGUUGCGAACGGGUUUGAUGUGGGCAUCGUGAGCAACUUUGUGGCAUUGCCUUCGUCACGGGGAGACGAUGUAGCGUCUGCCAUGUUGUCGCUUCUUCAAAAGACGUAUGUGUCUCUUCAAUUUCCAUCUCUUAAAAAUACAGUUUAUUUCCCUCUCUUUGCGGUAGAGCCGGCGUUCACCGCGCUGCAUGUUCUUUCCACGACAGGUAGUACGUGCUUUGCGCUUCUUGUUUUACUCCACGGGAGACGCAUUGUAACGGGAGGUUCAGAUGGUAAAGUGAUGGUGUGGUUGUGGGAUGCAUCAGCGGAGGUAUACAUAAAAGGACUUGUUUCAAGCGAAAGCCAGGGACAUUGUGGACUGAGUCGUCACAUUUGUCUUCUCCGUUCUCCAGACAUAUUUCUUUCUUGUGGUUACGAUGAUGGUUUGAUAAAGGAAUGGCAUGUGUACGAUGAACCGGAGCUGCUUAUGCGUUGCGAGCGAUGUCUCAGAGUUCUCCCUGUGAAUUCGUAUGCUGUCCCAUCACACGUAUCACCAAUUAUAGAGGAGGAGAAUGCGGGAGGAAUUUCCUGCGCAGUUUCUUUUCCGAUGUUUCAUGCGCUUUUUAUUGUUGGUCUCUUUGAAAGUACCAUUCAGACCUUUAGUUUGUCAGAGGUGCAGGGAUGUACCCCGCCAGAAGAUUAUUUCUACAACGGCUAUAAAACUGUGCGGUUGAUACCAUCUGUAACUGCAGAUGUCUCUUGUGCUACUGGUGGUGGUGAUGGGCGAUUGGGAAAAGGGAAUUAUGCAUCAUCUAUCUGA